AUGAAUUCACUGAUUGAAUCCUUAAAACUCAUCGAGCUUCAUCUUAAGAUGCAGAUCACAACAAUAUGUACCUUUCCUGUUUUCAAUCCAGAGGUAAUCCGUGCAGAAGUCGAAGCUCACACUUCCUUUUUGGUAAUCUUUCUUGAGAGAGCACCUUAUAUUCGAGAUGGGGAGUUGGUAAUUUUAAAGAAUAUCAGUACCCUUGUUAAAACUUUGCUUAAUAUGACUCGGGAACGUUAUGAUUUUCACUUUCAAAUUCAAGAAUUGGCAAUUGGGCUGAAUGAAUCAGGACAGACAACCCAAUCAAACUCCCAUUUAGUUUCCAACCACAAGUUCUCUCAAAACCAAGUUGAAAUUCUUGAACAAUGGUAUCAAUCAAAUUCUGAACACCCAUUUCUAAACAACCAAUCAACUCUUGAAUUGCAAACUCGCACGGGACUCACAGUAACCCAAGUUAAAAAUUGGGUUUCUAACAAGAGGCGCAAGGAGAAGACUCAAAGUGUAUCAAAAGAAUUAGAGCCCUUUUUAACGUGA